UUUUCACAACAUUAUGAUCAUACAUAUUACCAGCCAAUAAUUACAACAAAAUAAUUCAUGGCUGUUGCUACAUUUUAUGGUCUCCCCUUCACCAUAAUUUUAUCAACUUUGGUACUCGCAACAACUUUUCCUAGCGUCACAGCUCGCGCAUUUUUUGUGUUUGGAGACUCGCUAGUCGACAACGGAAACAACAACUAUUUGGCUACAUCUGCCCGUGCUGACUCGCCUCCUUAUGGCAUUGACUAUCCUACACAUAGACCAACUGGCCGUUUCUCUAAUGGCUUCAACAUGCCCGACCUAAUCAGUCAGCGUAUGGGGGCGGAGCCCACAUUGCCGUACUUGAAUCCACAACUAAGGGGCCAAAGGCUACUCGUUGGCGCUAAUUUUGCUUCAGCGGGGAUUGGAAUACUUAAUGACACCGGAGCCCAAUUCGCGAAUAUAAUCCGGAUGCCGUUGCAACUAGAAUACUUUAGGCAGUACCAACAACGAGUAAGUGGGCUUAUAGGAGCGAGCCAGACCAAAAAGCUUGUAAAAAAUGCGCUUGUUCUUAUGACGCUUGGUGGGAAUGACUUUGUAAACAACUACUAUCUGGUCCCCUUCUCAGCUCGCUCAAGACAAUACGCGCUCCCUAAUUAUGUCCGUUUUAUUAUAUCAGAAUACAAAAAGAUCCUAAUGAAAUUGUAUAAUUUGGGAGCUCGAAGAGUUCUUGUGACAGGAACCGGCCCGUUAGGGUGUGUACCAGCUGAACUAGCCCAGCGCAGCCAAAACGGUGAAUGUGCCGCUGAACUUCAACGGGCCGCACAGUUAUUUAACCCGCAACUCUAUCAAAUGCUGGAUGAUCUCAACAGCAAAAUAGGCAGUCAUGUAUUUAUAAAAGUGAACUCAAAGAAAAUGCACUCGGACUUUAUUAGUGAUCCAAGAGCCUAUGGAUUUGUGUCCUCAAAGAUAGCAUGUUGUGGACAAGGACCAUACAAUGGGCUUGGCCUAUGCACCCAAUUGUCGAACUUGUGCGCUAAUAGAGAUUUGUAUGCGUUUUGGGAUCCCUUUCAUCCGUCGGAAAGAGCCAACAAGAUUAUUGUUGAACAAAUGAUGACCGGCUCGACUGAGUACAUGCAUCCGAUGAAUCUAAGCACCAUUUUGGCCUUAGAUUCUCAGAAUUAGUGACCAUUUAUUUCAAUCCGAUGAAUCUAAGCACCAUUUUGGCCUUAGAUUCUCAGAACUAGUGACCAGGUGCAAAGUAGUUCCUAUGAAAACACUGUAUUGUUUGUAAGAGCUAAAAUAUGAUGGAAAGAUGUUAAAAGAAGAAAUGUUAGAAAUUUACAAUUUUCUAUUAAAAAAAAUCAUUGCCCU